AUGCGUCGUCCCGUCUCAGUCAAGGAUCGCGUUGCCAAACAAAAGCAAGCCCAUCCAAAAGGUCUCAAGGGAAACAAACUCAUUCGCCAUUACCAUAAUCUGCUCAAGGAAAAAGCCCGGCUUACAGCUACCCAGGCCCCUGUCCAACAAAUCCAAGAUGUCGAGCAACAAUUAGAAGCCAUUGGAAUUGACGCUUACCAAAAGGCAAGUCAAAAUGGCCAAAACAGCCAAAAGGGCGGUGAUUCCAGUAAAAUCUUGGUCGAAUGGAUUCGCGCCGAUCCCAGUUUCUAUUCCAAACAUCCAAACGAUCGUCCACAGCAAAUGUUGGAAAUCGGAAGCGUUUCCGUAGACAACAAAUGCUCCACUUGCGGCUUAUUUUCCGUUACUAGAAUCGACCUCCAUUCCUCCCAUCCUCUCAUCCAAGAACAAGAUGUCUUGACCCGCUCUCCAAAACAAGGUCAGUUUCACGGGAUUAGUUGCUCUUUGGUUUUAAACUUUGCACCCCCAAAUUUGAGAGCUCAAAUUCUGUGGAAAUGCUCUCAGCUACUGCUUCCCCCCAAUUCUACUCAUCCUCCUUGGUUCUUUUUAGUGCUUCCUGCUCCUUGUGUCACCAACUCUCGCUACAUGGAUGGUGCUACGCUUCAUUCCAUUCUGCACCACUUUGGCUUCACCCUUCGUUAUUCCUCUAUCUCAAAGAAAAUUGCUUAUUAUUUAUAUGCAUAUGAUCAUCCUUGCUCAACCAACUUAUCCUGGAAAAAGAAAAUCGUUCACGACGGUCCAUCAAGAAAUAACUUUUUUAUCCCAUGCUUGUCCAGCUAA